AUGGCAACUUCAACACCGUCUUCCAAUCCUGGCAGGGUAAAAAAAUCGGUAGCAGACAUCAGUGGACUUCCUUCCCGCACCAUGCAAGAGGCCCUCCAAGUGGAGAGCAGUCAACAUUGUCUUGCGCAACAUGAGUUCGCACGACACGCCUUCUCCGUCUCAGGCGAGUGCAAGUUCGAGGACUCUGCAUACAGCCAAAUAGGUGACGCCGGUAACCGUUACAACGAGAUUCACAUUACCUUUGGUGCCUUGCUCGAAAUCAUCUCAAUUCAAUCGGUCAACAAGAGAUAUCAGGUGACUACACAAGUUCGUGUGUGGGUCUGGUUGCCAACAGCCUUGCUAUCCUCCAGUUUUCCCAUCAACCUCACCAAAUGA